AUGGCUCGAAUUUUCAAGACAUCAUCUGGGCUUCCACUGGCGAUAUAUAUUGAACCUUCAUGUCCGAAUAGGCCUGGGCUCCUGAAAUCCAUAUUGGCGAAUGGGGGAGCACCUGCUCCCAGGAUUGAGAAGGCAAACGUGAUACUGGUGGAUGCUCAGACACGGAAUGGACGCGAAUGUGCGCGCAAUCAAUUGGACACGGGUUCGGAGCGGAUUGUGCUCUUUGUAGAGUGGAUCGAAGCCUGUGUUAGUGCGGGCAAACUCCUCGGCGAAGACGUAGAUUGGGGCAAUCUGCGUAUCCAGGACCCCGAAAUCGUCGACGAAAGUCUGUACGAAGAACCAGGCGAUUCACAUGUGCCACAUGUUAAACAGGAUAUCAAGGAAGAGGACCAUGCGGACACCAACGGCCAUGGCCGACCCCCACGUCACCGACUCGUCUUCCCGGAGGAGAACUGCCAGUCUCAUCUGGUGCUCCGACCAGGACCACGGCCACCCCUCCACUCAACCCCGAAACACACACUGCUGUUUGUGCCCCAUCUCACUAUGCAGAAUCCCCCAGGCAAUCCUCGACCAGAUACUUUUCCGCCAGUCUUUCCCCACGCAAAUCCUCCAGGCACCCUCCCUGCUCCUGCAGACUACGGUCGACUACCAACCGACCCCGAAUAUAGCACUCUGUUCCUCUCCUCUUGCGAGGAAUGGGAGCGAAUAAAGAGGGAAGGCCAGGCAUACGUUUCCCCCAAGCGCAAGUCUCAAGUACACGAACGGCACGUGUCGCCUGAUCAACCAACCACCAAAGUCCCAGGUCCGGCCCCCAUACGCAGCAGGCCCGGACAAAGAAGACGGUCUCCGCUCCCUGCUGGUUCCACCAAGCGCGGCCCCAAGCGACGAGAAUCCCAAGUAUUGCCCGGCGACUUUACCUCGCUGCAUCUCAAUCUCCCAUCGGAAUCUCAACCACUGGGAAUGAGGCUUGAAAACGACUCGGACGAUGUAUUCGAUAUUCUACCACUGUCUCAUGCUUCUUCCUCGCGAACUCCCAAGAAAGCUGUUAUUAAAUCAAUAAGGGAUCAUGGUGGCACCACGGCAUUCAAGAUGGAAGACGCAGCCUACAUUAUUGUUUCCAGGUCUGCCCCUCAAUAUCAAGAGCUUGCGCAGGAGGCCGAAGCAAUCGACCGAAUUGCCGUCCCCGUCGCUUGGAUCCGCAAGUGCAUAGAGGAGCAACAGAUCGUGUCGUACGAGGGGUUUGCGGUUGUCUCUGAUCAACGGGUGGUCGAUACCCUCACGGAAGAAGAUAUUAUCAACGCUGCUAUGGCUGAUUUGCCUCCUUCUCCUGUGCCCAGCAGCUCUUCAGUGGGCAAUAAGAAACCGGGACACAGAUUCACCGAACAUGAUCAGGAGUUCCUGCAAAAACGCCUGGCAUGGACGUAUGCUCGCGAUCCUGGUUCUCACUCAGAGCCUUUUUCCAGGAUCUGUAUGAAAAUUCACCAAACCACUCGUUCAACUCUUGGAUGGCGUACUAUUAUCGCCCAGCAACCGAUGCGCAGCGCGUAUUGA